ACCCACCACGUUCAAAGAGUAAAAGCAAACAACAAAACUAUCUGCCACAGUCGAUUUUUGCUUCUGUCUAGAUUGUUACAACCUCCACCAUGUUAUCCCGAUGUCAUAUUACGAAUAUACUUAUUUUUGUAGUAUGCUUUCUUCUCCAAGCGAAAGAUGCGUAUGGAGGAUUGCGAGAGGGUACCAAAAUGGGUAACGAUGCUAGGAAAAAAAUUCAAGGUGGCGAGUCAAAUGCCGCCAGCGGGAUGACACGAGAAAUGUUUUUGAUGAAGGACAAAACCUGGGAACUGCAACCGGUGGACUUUAGCGGCAUUCGAAAUCUUAAAUUACGAAGACAUUGCGAAAAGUUUUUAAAUCAUCCCAUCAAAAUGAAGCUCUCUAAUCGCCAAGGAAAGUUCGGCCUUCGAGCACAAGGACAAUUACAAUCUGGCAAGCGUUUGAGAGGAUUUUGGCGACAAUCGACAUCGAAACCCAGUACCGAGGAACUUUCGAAACUCAGUUACGACGAGGCUGUAAAGAGGAGAUUGACAACAAUUGAAUUCGAGGUACAAUUGCCGCCGACUGGUAAAAAGUCAAGGAAGCUCCCUUCUGUUAUUUAUAGUGUUGCCGUCGAACCAGCAUCGAUGAAUCCAAAGGCUAUGAUUCCUAGAGGUGCGGGGACCGUUCGAGUACUUCCUGAGGGGCAUAGUGACGAUGUCGACGUCGUUGCACUAAAUGCCGGCAAAGCAUUCGUGAGCCAACCGAUGAAAAGUGGUAUUGUUGAUCCAGGGUGGGCCAAAGGACGUUUGAUCUUUCGCAAGGGUAGACCCACAGGAUCUGUUUAGCUAAGGCAAAAUUUUGACCAAAAACCAUGCGAAGAUUUCCAAGCUCUACAACUUGUUUAUUAUAUCUUUUUUCGAAGAUGGCAACCUACUUCAGUCUACAUAUCUUUAGUUCUAUGGGAGAGGAUCCCUACCUGUGCACACUAAUAGUACUUGAGUGUACGUCUGCUGGAUACCAUUUUGAUUUGUUUUUACUAGAAUGACGUUUUCCCGCAUGUCUGUGAAUUCAAGUAUAGGAACACGCUAAAUGAGUUGAAAUGCUUAUGUGAUACAUACAUCGACAACAUCUUGGGCAAAAGGCAUAACAUUCCAUGGUACUGAGGAAUAUUCAAUACAUCACCGGCACUAAU